AGGAACAUUUGGACAGGUGGCGACGUUCCAGCGGCAGAGCGAUUUAAAAACUGUGGCAAUAAAGACAUUGCCCCUCAGCAGCGCCAAUAUGUUAAAACGUGAAACCAGACUUCUAGCUGCCCUCGCCCGUGAAAAUUUGGAGCAAAGCCAUAUCGUGCAUUUUUUCGAAUCUUUUCGAGACCAAGAGUACCAACACAUGGUCUUCGAGGUUCUGGAUAAAAACUUGUAUCAGUUUCAGGCGGAUAUCGGCUUCAAGUCUCUGUCCAUCCGAGAUAUCCGUACUAUCACAUUCCAAGUCCUCACAGCUCUGAGUAAAUUGAAAGCUAUCGGAAUCGUUCAUGCUGAUAUCAAACCGGAAAACGUAAUGCUCGUCGAUCAGAGCCAACACCCCUUCCGAGUGAAGCUGAUCGACUUCGGUUCCUCUUACACCAUCGAUGAAGCGGACGCCUUACGGGUUUCCUACCUCCAAACCAGAUACUACAGGGCUCCUGAGAUUGUUCUGGGACUGCCCUUCUGUGAGAAGAUGGACAUCUGGUCGCUGGGCUGCAUGGCGGCCGAACUGUACCUCGGCCAUCCCCUCUACCCGGCGAAUUCGGAGCUGGAGCUGCUACACUACAUGUGCGAGACCCUCGGAAUGCUCCCCACCAGCCUGCUCAACUCCGCCAGCAAGGCCAAGUACUUCUUCGACCUGGUUAAGAGACGCGUGGGGGAGUCCCAGUGGAAGCUCAAGCCCACCCAACAGAGGCUGUCUCUGACCGGGAGGCGGAGCUUGAGGAGGCACGUGGUGACCUCGCUGGCCCACCUGGAGAAGGGCGUCCCCGUGGCCGGCUUCGGGAGGGAGGACGCGGUGGAGGUGUUCGACCGCUGGUGCAUGGUGGACCUGCUGAAGAGGAUGCUGACACUGGACGCGCGGAGCAGAAUCGACGCCGGCCAGGCUCUUCGCCACCCCUUCGUCACCCUGCAGCACCUCCGCGCGUCCGACGGCUACCGCCAGUACUACGAUUCCUCGCUGCGGGGGUACAGGGAGGCCCUGAUCCCGCGCCAGCCCAGCCCGGACGUCCCCGACCGGACCCUGGCGCCCCCCAGGGAGAAACGGUCCCUGAGGAGCUCGCUGCGGUCGUUCUUCGCCCGCCUCUGCGUUCUGAAGCGCAGGAGGAAGCCCGUCGGCCCCCGGCCCGCCUCGGACCACAUGAAGGGGCAGCCAGCUCUGCCAGGCCCGCAGGCGAAGGAGGACAGCGCCGAGGGUUUCGGGGCAGCCGAAAAAGGACACGAAAGCCCGCCGGCAGGCACCGUGGCAAGCACCAGCCAGGCGACGUGCGACGAGGAGCCAGCCCCGCUGUCCUGGUCCCCCUAAAGCGGGAGACUCUUCCCCAACCUCCUGCAGGGUCCAGAGCGCCACUGUGGCGAGGUGACCAAGGAGCUGUCUGCCUACUACCCAGAAUCCAGGCUUCAUCCCGGGCCUACGCCUCCUGCCACUCAGUCCAGUCACUCGCCAACACUGAGAUACGGACGCUGGAGACCCCUUGCCCUCUGCCUACCCCCUUCUGCCACACUCUGGCCCGGGGUGGAACUGGUCUUCUCAGGUGC